GUAGAGGAAGGCGAACUUCCGCUUUGAGUGGACAGCUGCAGGCUCUGGGCUCCAGGUCCACAGCUGCCUGGACAGGAGCAUCACAGGACAUCAGCUCUGGGUCUCCAGGAGGCCAUAAAGUGCAGCGAUGAAGACUCAGUGGGGCAAGGUCUCAACACUGCUGCCACUGCUGUUCCUGGGCUUUCUCCACAUAUCCUGGGCCCAGAGCAGUUGUACUGGGCCCCCAGCCAUCCCUGGCAUUCCUGGCAUCCCUGGGGUUCAUGGCUCUGAUGGUCAACCUGGGACUCAAGGGAUAAAGGGAGAAAAAGGGCUUCCAGGGCUGGCUGGAGACCAUGGUGAAUUUGGAGAGAAAGGAGACCCAGGGAUCCCAGGGAUUCCAGGCAAAGUUGGCCCAAGGGGCCCUGUUGGCCCUGUAGGUGCACCCGGGCACUCUGGACUCUUUGGUCCUAAGGGUGAUUCAGGAGACUACAGGGCCACUCAGAAAGUAGCCUUUUCUGCCCUGAGGACCUCCAACAUUCACCUGAAGCAGAAACAAUCUAUCCGCUUUGAAAACGUGAUCACCAACAUGAACAACAACUACCAGCCACAGAAUGGCAAGUUCACCUGUAGGGUGCCUGGUCUCUACUACUUUACCUACCAUGCCAGCUCCCGAGGGAACCUGUGUGUCAAUGUUGUCCGAGGCUGGGAUCGCAUGCAGAAGGUAGUUACCUUCUGUGACUAUGCCCCAAACACCUUCCAGGUCACCACAGGUGGUGUGGUCCUGAAGCUGGAGCAGGGAGAGGUCGUUUACCUGGAGGCCACGGACAAGAACUCUCUGCUGGCCAUUGAGGGGGCCAACAGCAUCUUCUCCGGGUUCCUGCUCUUCCCUGAUGUGGAUGUAUGACCUCAGCAUCAAAUCAUUCCCUGCCUCCCCUGCCAGCAAUUCUUUCUGUAUUCCUGACACCACCUCUUGGCUGGCCAAAACCCAGAGUUCUGAGGAUGUUGUGGAACAAAUGAGUAAAUAAACUCUUCAAGGCCAAAAGACAGAG